AUGUCUGCAGCUUCCUUAUCUCAUAAGGGCAAGUUGGAAGAGAAAAUACACAGCAAAGACUCCUCGAACAAUAGCGAUGAAUCUAUCGAAUCCAUCGAUGCGCGAGACCUCCCCAUCACACGCGGUCUCUCCUCCCGGCACGCCCAAUUCAUCGCCCUCGGCGGCGCGAUAGGAACAGGCUUAUUCGUGAGCUCUGGCAAAACCCUCGCAACGGGUGGGCCAGCCUUGCUUGUCGGCAGUUACACCUUCAUGUCAGCCUUGAUCUAUCUAGUCCUCGUAUCUGUGACAGAGAUAUCCGCCUAUCUGCCUCUACCCGGAGGAACGAUGAAUUAUUACGGCAGUCGCUACGUCUCUCGAAGCCUGGGGUUUAUGAUGGGAUGGCUCUAUUUUUAUUCCUUUGCUAUCUUUGUCCCGUUUGAAUUGACUUCCUCGGCGAUGGUGAUUAAUUAUUGGAAUCCCGGCGUCAACAACGCUGUGUGGAUUACGAUCAUGUUGGUUCUUGUUAUUGGACUGAACUUGUUACCAGUGAAGUUCUAUGGCGAAUCUGAGUUCUGGUUCACGAGUAUCAAGGUCAUUCUGAUCGUUGGACUGAUCAUUCUCUCUUUCGUUUUGUUCUGGGGUGGUGGUCCCAGUCAUCAAAGACUCGGAUUCCACUACUGGAAGGACCCCGGUGCGGCAAAUACAUACAUUCUUGAUGGAGACGCAGGACGACUCGUGGCCCUCCUCGCAACGGUCAUAAGCAGCGUUCUCCCAUUCACCUUUUCCCCAGAGAUGAUCGUCGUGACAGCCGGUGAGAUCCGGUCCCCGCGAAAGAAUCUCCCUCGAAUUGCGCGAAACUUCUUCUGGCGCUUGGUCGUAUUCUACAUCGGUGGCACUCUCGCAAUCUCUGUGAUAUGUCCAUCUAAUGCCUCCGCUCUAACGAGUGGAGGCACCGGUGCAGCAUCCUCGCCCUGGGUCGUUGGCAUUCGAAAUGCAGGAAUUGCCGGUCUUGACAGUGUGAUCAAUGCCGGUGUUAUUACUGCCGCUUGGUCUUCGGGCAAUUCAUUCUUAUACUUGGCUAGCAGGUCUCUCUAUUCCAUGGCCCUGGAAGGGAAUGCUCCUCGGAUUUUCAAGAAGUGCACACGCCACGGAGUGCCCGUUUACGCUGUGGCUGUUAGCUCGCUUUUCUCCUUGCUGGCUUAUAUGAAUGUGAACUCGUCUUCGGCGAACGUCUUUGACUGGUUGAUGAAUCUGGUGAAUACCGGCGGUUUCAUUUCCUGGAUUUGUUGUGCAGUCAUCUAUAUUCGCUUUCGAAAGGCCUGCGAUGUCCAAAAUCUGCCUAGGGAACAGUUUAUCGCAAGAUCUCCCUUGCAACCCAUCGGUUCAUGGGUUACAUUGGUUGUAUUCACACUGCUGUGUUUAUUGAACGGGUUCACAGUCUUCUUUCCCUCCCAAUGGUCCACUGCAGACUUUCUCUCGGCUUACAUCGGUCUUCCCUUGUUUAUCGUUAUCUAUCUAGGCCAUCGCUUCUGGUAUCGACAUGAGCCGUGGGCGAUUGAGUCGCAUUUGGUUGAUCUACACAGUGGCCUUGAAGAAUUUCAGGAUGAAGAAGAAUGCGAGUUGACGACGGGGUCUUGGUGGGGUAGAAUGAUUUCAAAAGGGCCGUUCUCAAGGGUAUUAAAGUCGUCUCUCUUGCGAAAAACAAUGGCUGCCAGAUAA